UCAAGGUCGAUCGUGCGAGGUAAAUUUGUCGCGAAGGUCGAGUAGGGGCAGUAUUCAUUCAUACACAAGUCGCGAAAGACUUCUAAUGGUAUUUAUCUUUGUAGGGCUAACAGAAAACAUAUGAAUAAUUUUCACUAUUGAUAUGUCACACUUAAUUCAGUUUCAUGCAUUCCUUGAACAUUCUUUUCCACACGACAACUAUUGUGAUUCCGGACCUAUCAGCGAACAGCUGGCACAUCAAAACAUAGAAGAUACAUUUUACGAAGCUGUUACCAAUCGUGAAUGCAUCAAUGGUGUUUUGACAAGUACCGAUAUGUUUUGUGAGAAUGUUGUAUAUAAAGAGACUGGAGUUUCCAGCCUUACUGAGUUGAAGAGUGAAGCUGCAGUUCUAUGUGCCGUUGAAAGAGUUAGCAGUAGUGUCAGGCAUAAACUCGGCGAACAAUUUUCCCUGAAACGUCUCUCACUUGCAUCAAAAUCAUCUAGCAGAGACUUAAAAGAUGUAGACAGUAUCGUUAGCGCCACACUAUCGUCUUCUAGUAGCGUUUUGUAUGACUGGAUAGGCUGUAAACAUGACACCAACUUUUCAUCUGACUUGAAGGACCUGAAGUUUGGUAAACGUCUAGAUUUGGAUGUGGGAACUCGAGAAUUAUUGGAGAAACGAAUUCGGAAUUCCAAGCCCCGAAAAUCCUACGCUAUUUUAGAAGAUACUACCUGUAAACUGCCACCGUUGGACCAGCUAGUGGAUAAUCCUGCGUUCAAGUGGAAUUUUGAACUGGAUACAUUUCAAAAACAAGCUAUUUUGUGCCUUGAGCGUAAUCAAACUGUUUUUGUGGCGGCCCAUACCUCAGCUGGUAAAACAGUUGUUGCGGAGUAUGCCUGCGCUCUCUGUCGACGUCGUGGUUCUAGAGUCAUCUAUACUAGUCCUAUAAAAGCCCUAUCAAAUCAGAAGUUCUAUGACUUCAGACAUACAUUUGGAGAUAAUGUUGGACUAAUUACAGGGGAUAUUAAACUAGCACCAGAAUCUACUCUGCUUGUAAUGACCACAGAAAUUCUCCAUAACAUGUUGUGUAACGAUGCUGAUACCAUUAGAGAUCUAGAAAUAGUUAUUAUGGAUGAGGUACACUACGUGAAUGAUGCUGAAAGAGGUCAUGUGUGGGAACAGAUAAUGAUUAUGCUGCCUAAACAUGUUUUACUUGUUAUGUUAAGCGCAACAGUUCCAAACAAAGUGGAAUUUGCCGACUGGUUAGGACGUAUACGAGAUACUGAAAUCCACGUGGUUGCGACUAACAAGCGUCCAGUCCCUUUAGAACAUUUUAUCUUCACUGGUAUGGAUGGUCAACGAACAAAAGAUCACCUUCAUCUUAUAGUAGAUCAAACUGGUCAGUUCAAUGUUCAGGGAUACAAACAAGCACAUCGUAUGCUUUGUGGAGAGAAAGUUGUUGAAAAGAAACCAAAUCAGCCUCCAGCUAAUCAGAAUACUAAAAAACCUCCAAAGAAAGAUACCGGUGGAAAAAUGAAUACUCCCGGACACUUUCGUCCUCUUCCACCCUCUGGUGGACUGAGUGUACAUGAUCAUCGAACUAAAAAUCUUUGGCUUGGUGUCGUCCAUCUUCUCCGGGAACGUGAUCUCAUGCCCACCAUCGCAUUCGCCUUCUCUCGAACAUCUUUAGAAAUAUUGGCUAGUCAUUUGUCGUCAGUAGAUUUACUGAAUCACAACGAAAAACAACAAGUUAAAAGUUUUCUCAAUGCUUCAGUUAUCAAGCGUUUAAGAAGAUGUGAUCGACAGCUGGCUUCUGUACAGUUUAUCAGUAAACUGGCUGAAAGAGGAUUGGCUGUUCAUCAUGCUGGCAUGAUGCCUUUGUUAAAAGAAGCCGUAGAGAUGUUGUUUCAACGUGGUCUAGUAAGAAUAUUAUUUGCUACUGAAACAUUCGCUAUGGGUGUGAAUAUGCCGGCACGUUGUGUCAUUUUUACUACACUGGAGAAAUUCGAUGGUCAGAAACGUCGUCCGUUGAAUUCAAGUGAGUAUACACAAAUGGCUGGCCGUGCAGGUCGUCGUGGUUUGGAUGCUUCAGGAUCUGUGAUUAUCCUACUUGGUAGUAUUGGUAAAUCUGUUACUUCAGCUAGCUCAGGUUUACCACCUGAACAUACUUUAAGCGAUAUAAUUCUUGGCAAGCAAACUCAACUAGUUUCAAAAUUCAAGAUCACCUACUCCAUGAUUUUACACUUACAUCGAACGAAUUGGUUGAGUCCACAGGAUGUUAUGCGACGCAGUUUUAUGGAAGCAGCUGGUCUUAGACGUGAGCUUGAGCGUAGACAAUGGUUAACAGCUCUGCGCAAAAAACUCGACCAAACAACUACAUUUAUUCCGUCUGCGGGAUCGUCUAAUGUUUCUAGCCAACUUAUACGCAAUUCUAGUAAGACCUUAACGAGUGCAACUAAUUCACGGAUAUCUGUUCCGUUUGGCGAACCAAUAUUACAAGUUAAAUGUCCCCUUGGUCAAACAGGCUGUUGUGAUGAAAUGACCACCUAUUAUCAAGCUUGUUGCAACUAUCGAAAAUUGACAGCAUCUGUUGUCAGUCUACUGGCUGAAGAAAAUAUAAAUGAUUUACAACGUGUAUUUUGUCCAGGUCGUGUAAUAUUUAUCAGUCUGGCUAAUUCGGAAAACUCAUUAGCUCAGAAACAGUCUACAUCAAAACAGUCAAGUUGGCUAGUACCUGCUGUUUUAGUCAAUUUGUCAAAGAAAAAGAUCAAGAAUGAGAGUGAAAUACAAUGGGAUAUUAUUACCUGGCAAGUACCUAGUCUACCCAAAAACUUAUACAAAACUGCACAGAAUAAUAAUUCUGUCAAAGAAGAUAGCAAUAGCGAAGAAAAAUUCAACGAAGCAGACGAAGAAGACAUUCUAAGGGAAGGUGAAGAUGUUCAGCUUUCUGUGACACCGUAUCCUCCCCAAUUAAUACCAGUUUUUAUUCCAAAUUCGCUAGAAGAUAGUCAUGCUCGUCUAACAUUGUUGUCAAAUUCAUCGGCCCGAUUGUUUGUACGUAUCUGUGAUCAUGUUAUUACAUUUCAAAAUUAUUCAGCUGUUAACAAUCCUAAUGUAACUUUAUCAGAAAUGUUAAUUCGUGGCAUUAAACGACAUCGUCAACAAAUGGCUGCUUUAGAGGCUGGUAUGCGUUUAGUGACUGGUGCAAAUACAAAUGCUGGUGAUGGUGAUUCUCUGCUUUUACUGGAUGAAAUUAAUGUAACUUUAUUUAAUCUUGUAAGUUCAUUGGUUCCUGAACCGUCAAAAACGACAACAACAUCACACGAAUCUUCAUCGUCUACAAUAUACGGUCUGCCGUCAAGUUGGCCCAUGAAGAUUGAUUUAAGGAAAUCUUUGAAAUUUAAAGGAAUAUCAGAAGAGGAUGCUUGCGUGUUUGAUGAGCACGCCUUGUUGAGUGAUGAGUUAACAACACCUUUAAUAAGCUCAGAAAUUACUCAACGAUUAGCUCCUGUCUGUUGUCCAGACUUGGUCGCACACCUGGAAAUGAUUCACCGUACCUGUCGUCGAAGGUGGGCAGUGAAAAGAAUUGAAGAGUGUCUCUCCGAUUCUCAAUUGCAGUUAAAUACAGAGUAUAUGGGACGUUUACGUGUUCUGGAAGAACUGGGAUUUAUCGAUUCUGCUACACAGUCUGGUUGUCUUAGUUUGAAAGGUCGAGUCGCCUGUGAAUUGACAAAAAUGGAAGUAUUAAUCACUCAAUUAUUACUUGAUGGCUCAUUCACUGAUCUUUCACCGCCAGAUCUUGCAGCAGUUUUAUCGUGUUUUGUAUUUGAAACACGUGGCUCCGAUAUUAGCACAGAGCAACAGCAAGAUGGUCAGUAUUUACAAAGGCUUCUUGAUUCAUUGAGUAAUUCAAUUGUCUCCAGUGGAGAUGUUAGUAAUUCAAGUGUUACUUAUCCUCCAACUCUUAUACCAACAUUGGUGAAAAUUAUAUCCUGCGCGAUAGAGCUUGAACAAUUACAGACUAAGCAUGGUCUUAGCGAUCCGUCUGCUGAUACACGCAUCACUCUUCAAGUUGUAAACGCUGUCCAUGCAUGGGCACAAGGUUAUUCCUUCUCAAUACUGGUGUCAAUGACAAGUGUCCCUGAAGGACAUUUAAUACGUGGUUUACUACAACUUGAUGAACUACUCCGUCAUAUAUGCAGUGCCUGCCAUCAUCUCGGCGAUAAAAAUUUAAGCUUAAGAAUGACUGAAGCAAGAAAUGCAAUAUUACGUGAUAUUGUAUGUGCACCGAGUCUUUAUGUUGCUGAUGAUCUUUUAUAAACUGAGACAAUCCUUAUUACAUUUUGUGUUUGUGAACACUAUUUUUGUUUAGCUCUUUCUUAAUUCCGUUCUUGUCUCUACUCUGUUUAUUGCCAGUGCAUUUCAGAAUGUCUGAGUGACUUUUGUUCAGUCUUAAUUUCCUGUUAGUUUAUAGAAUAUUUAUUUUCUUCUCGUUUACUUUCCACUUUUGUGCAUAAUAUCCUGUAAUUCUGUUUUAAUUUUCAAUUGCUCUUAUGGCAGCUAGUUGGCGAUAUGAAAAGUAUACCUUUCCAAAUGAUUACUGAGAGUUAUUCUUAUUUUUGUAUUUAAAAGACAUGUUGAAUAGCGGAAAGUAAUACGGAUAAUAAUAAUAAUAAUAUUCUACUCUAUUUCAGUAUGUGUACAUCUGGUAUUACAGUAUUGAUUUAAUAGUAUUUGAUAUAUUUCAAGCCUUCUUUCCUACUCGACCAG